AUACAUCAAUGUUGAACUUUUAAGCUUGGUACAUUCAUUUAUGUUUUCUCUUCUGAACUUUAAAAUGCAUAUAUAUUUUAACUAAUAUGAGUACUGACUUUUUAAAAAUUGUAACAAAUGUAAUAAUUUCGUUGACAAAAAAGUAACAAUUUCAAAUUUAUUUGAUUAUACAAAAACUAUGUACUUUGUAAAAUACGAGAAGGAAAAGUAAUAAUAAUGGUGAGAAUCUUUGUUUUGGUGGGAGACAGAAUUAUAAAGUCACCAAUUAGUCUCCACAAACCAUUAUAUAUGUGAAUAUCCAGCUAAUUGGUUUAAUAUUAAUGCAGAUUUAGGGCAUCUCCAUCUCCAUCUCCACUGCAUAAUUUACUCUAAAAAUGAAAUGAGAAAUGGAGUAUAAACAAAAAAUAAAAAAAAAUUCUAUUUAUGGAAUAAUCGCUUUUUUUGUUUUUUCACUAUUUUAUUUUCCACUCCAUUUCACAGUAAAUUAUGGAGUGGAGAUGGAGAUGCUCUUAUACCAAAGAUUCAUGGAUACAGUCCAUCAAUAUUUUAUUUUAAGAGGUACUAAAACCUAGUGCAUGUACCAUAUAGGGAUAUUAUCAUUUAUAAUUUACAAAGAACAUCUUUAACUUCACUUUGUUUUUAUUUCAAAUUUAAUUUUAAAGUGAAGUAUUUUUAAGAUAUUUUAUUUUCAACUCUAUAGUACUAGAAGACAAAUAAAACUAGAGUAUUAUUCAAAAAUGGAGUAAAUAUAUUCGUUUAUUACUCUAUUUAAAUUAAUAACAUUAAAAGAAAACUCAUCUCCAUCUAAACAUAUUAUUAUUUGAAUAAAAUAAACAAAUUAAUACAUUUAAAUUUAUAUUGCUCUACAUGCAAGGAAAAAGGAACUAAACCGAAAACUACUAUUUUCAAGAUCUUAAAUUUAUCACUUUCUCUAUUUACUUUUCUCCCUUUCUUCAGCAAGAAGCAGUCUCUCCCAGCUUUUUUUUUUGUUUAUCUUCUUUUUAUCUAUUUCAAAUAAUGUUGGUCUUUUGUAAAUUAUUGGGCGAGAGGUUUAUCUUUAAUAUACUUUAUGCAGCCUUAUUUAGUUAUUCAGAUUCUUUUUUUUUUGUUUACGAUAUUUUAAACUGAAUUUGAAUCCUCUUUUUGACUAAUUAGUAAAUAGUCGUUGAGAAAACAGUGAAAACACAGAUUAACGUUCUUGCGAAAUACCUAAUAAAGUUUUUGCAAAAUAAAUGUUUGAUACUGUUUUCUUUUAAUCAAGUUUAAUACUCAAAUAUAUAACCACAUGAUAUCAGAGUGAACUCUCUUCAUAUUAUUUCUCCUUCUCAACCAACUCCGUAACUAGAGAAGAUGAACAUCAUUGAAGCAGCUUUCUUCCUCUGCUUCAUUUCAUCUUCUAAUGUGCACUUCGCCGGAGCUACUAAACAAACAGCCGGUAACAUCACGCCGUCGGAGAACCCAUUCACACCCAAAGCCUCACUGAUACGUUACUGGAACAAGCGCAUCAACGGCGGCUCACCACCACCUUCUUUUUUCCUCUCCAAGGCGUCCCCAUUAACGACCGUAGACUCCACGCGCUUCGCCUCACUCGCUUCACGCCACGCGCUCGACACUCGCCUCUCCGAUUUCUGCACCGCCGCGAAGCUCUUCUGUUUCCCUGAGCUCGCCGCUCACUCCGUAACCGAGAAGCACGGCGAUGACGUCGGUUUCUCCGUUUACAGCGACAAAAACUUCACCAACUACGGCUCCGACCGUCUCGCCGGAGCCGACACGUUCAAAAAUUACUCCGGCGGGGACAACAUCGGCGUCGACUCUUUCCGACGUUACAGCCGAGACUCCGCCGGACACGACGAUGGGUUUACAAAUUACGCCGGAGAAGUCAACGUCGCCGACCAGAGCUUCACCACUUACGCCACCGGCUCCACCGGCGGCUCCGGCGACUUCACGAACUACCACACGAACGCAAACCAACCCAACGGAAGAUUCACUUCCUACUCCGACGAAGCGAACGGCCGGUCACAGUCCUUCACGGCCUACUCCGAGAACGCAAACUCCGGCGCUCAGACGUUCACCAGCUACAGCAAAAACGGCAACGGAGCUCCGAACGGGUUCUCGGGUUACGGAUCCGGGUCAAACGUGGUAAAAUCUGGUUUCUCCGGGUACGGGGAGACCUCAAACGGAGCUAACGACACGUUCACGAGCUACGGCGGCGACGGGAAUCUCCCGGUGAACGAUUUUAAAAAGUACGGCGAAGGAGGAAACGGCGCCGUUUACGGGUUUAAGAGCUACAGAGACCAGUCCAACAUCGGAGCUGACUCUUUCUCUUCAUACGCCAAAGAUUCACACAACGAGAAGGUCAAUUUCGUAAAUUACGGCAAAUCAUUCAACUUGGGCUCCGAUGACUUCACCGGCUACGGCCAAGGCGACGACGGAGGGAACGUCAGCUUCAAAACCUACGGUCAAGGUCCGAGUUUCAAAGCGUACACUAAAGACGGCGUCGUUUUCGCGAGGUACUUUAAUAACGCGAGCUCCAGUGGCAAAAGGGUAAAUAAAUGGACAGAGCCGGGUAAAUUCUUCAGGGAGUCUAUGUUAAAAGAAGGGACUUUGACGCAAAUGCCAGAUAUUAAGGAUAAAAUGCCUAAAAGGACGUUUUUACCCCGAACCAUAGUUUCAAAAUUAUCGUUUUCAUCUUCUAAGACCGGGGAGGUAUGGAGAAUCUUCGGCGCCGGCGAGAACUCGUCGAUGGCGGGGAUAAUCUCGUCGGCGAUUUCCGAAUGCGAGAGACCGCCAAGCUACGGCGAGACGAAGCGGUGCGUGGGAUCGGCGGAGGACAUGAUCGAUUUCGCCACGUCAGUGCUUGGACACGGCGUUGUGGUGAGGACGACGGAGAAUGUCGUUGGGUCAAAGAAGAAGAUCGUGAUCGGGAAAGUCAAAGGAAUCAACGGUGGAGAUUUAACUAGAGCGGUUUCAUGUCAUCAGAGUUUGUACCCGUAUCUACUGUAUUAUUGUCAUUCGGUACCUAAGGUGCGGGUCUACGAAGCGGAUCUUCUUGACCCGGAGAGUUCAGAGAAGAUUAAUCAUGGUAUUGCCAUUUGUCACAUUGACACGUCAGCGUGGAGUGCAAGUCAUGGAGCGUUUGUGGCUCUAGGGUCUGGUCCUGGUAGGAUUGAAGUUUGCCAUUGGAUCUUUGAGAAUGAUAUGACGUGGACUACUGUUGAUUAAGGCUUUGGACAGCUUUUGUCGUUCGGAUAAUAUUUACUACUGAGUUUUGCUUCAUCGUUUUUUUCUCUUUUUGCAGAUUUUUUCUCUUUUUGCAUCUUAAAGCUUCCAUUCUUAUUUUAUAGUAUAUUCGUAAAAUUAAGAUUGAAGUUGAGAGAGUCAAUACAUGAUUAUUUGGUUUUAACAGGAAAAUAGUUUUUGUCACGUGAUCUGCAAGAUUAGGCUUAUGUUCAAAACCAAAGUCAGUUUCUUGCAAGCCAAGCAUUUAUCAUAUCUAUCAUAUCCGCCAGCAACACAAUCGUUUGCCAGCUUGUAAAGUAACCGUGUUCAGACAACGCUACUCCAAGAUCUCUUACACGGUGUAAUCCACUUACUCAAAGAAAUAUAGCUUUGUUGCUCGAUCUUCAGCAGUUUUCUCAAAGUAUAGAGUUUUCUGAAAAGUAGGAGAAAGGGAAACGACCCUAUAACUCAGACCUCUCCAACUCAUGUGAAAACACCAAUAUGAUGCCACAUUAUCUGUACUAAUGUAGCGACAGUGUCACUACUUCCAUGACGUAAUUGCUUCACAAAAUCAACCAUUAUGAUGGCAGAACACAGUGCAUCGGCUACAGCAUCUACUUCUCAAGGAUUUUAACCUUAACUAGAUUUUGACCCGCGCUUGGAAAGCGCGGAUUUGUUUUUGUAAUUAAAUAUAUUGUAAACGAAUUUCUAUAUAAGAUAGUGUAUAAGUUUGAACACAUUUAUCCAAAACCACGGACCAAACCGUACCAAGCUGAAAAACCAAAAUUGAAUUGAAUUGCAUAAAUAAUAUAGCAAAUCAUAAAUCUAUGACUGAAAAAUUGAAACCCAACCGAGAACCAAAUGAGUACCUGAAUUUUUAAAUAAAAAUUAUAUAUUUAAAAAUAUUAAUUACAUUCAAUUUUUAAAUAAGCACAUAUCCUAAAAAUACUAUUUAUAAACCGGAUAACACGAAAACUUGAAUUACCCGAAUAUUUUUAUUUGGUUGAUAAAUAAUUUAGUUAACCAAAAGUAUAAUUUAUGUAUAUAAUUAUUUAUUUCAAAUAUAUAUAACUAUGUUUAAUAUAACACAUAGUAUCAAAACUAUUUUCAAAAUAAUAUUAUGUUUUAAAAUAAGUAGAUUUUGUUCUAAAACACAAUUCUACUGCUAACAUGUUUUAAAGUAUCGAUAUAGUGUUAAUAAAUAACAAAGUGUUUUCAAAGUUUUAGAAGUUAUCACUAACCGAUUUAUAAUUGGUUAGACUAAAUAUCUAACAGAACCGAAGAUAAAUAGUCAUUUUCUGAAAAUAUAGCAGAUGGAAAGAUUGAACCGGUUUUAUGUAGACCAUAAUCAUAUCUAUGGAUUUUUAUAGGAACUGGUUUGGUAUUAAAAUAAUACAACCAACUUGGAAUAUUAAGUUGUGACAAACAUCGUUUAGUUUGUGAAUGAUAAUGUUGAAGUGUUCAUAUAUAUAACAUGGUUAAUGAAAUCAAUUUAGUUAAUAAGGUUAGUAUAAAAUAAUGAUUCAUCUCUGUAAAAAAUAUAUUUUUUACAAUGGAUAUUAUAUUUUGUUUAUAGUCUUCGAAGGUAUUAUCUAUUAAAUAAAUCACAAGUAACCAUAUACUAUAUAAAUAUAGGGUGGACAUUAUUUAAUAUUAGCUCAAAAUAUUUACGAUGGAAUAAUGCGUAUAUAGUAAACGUAUAAGUAGAUAAUUAGGUUAGUACCAUUUUUUAUGAUUAAUUUUCUUUUAAUGAAGAAUAAUUAAGUUAGUAGUAUGAGAAAUAAUAGGAAUUCUAGUUAAAUGAAAUGGUCCAACUAUGACUUGUUUUAAGUAGAUUUUUUAGGACUCCUUCCCUUUUAAUAGUAUUGAUACCCCUAGAUCCAGAAGACGAGUAACCAAAGAAAGUCAGGAGAGAAGAAUCAUCAUCAUCAUCACUUACUACCAGAAUUUUUAUCAAUGUUAGGAGUUCCCUGAAAUUGCAUAACAUAAAUACUUUCAUAAUCUUGGCAAGAGCAAGAUCCAUCUGCGAACGAAACAAGUCCUAACACAAUAACAUUAUAAUUGAGUAACAUUUUUAAUCUACUGUGUUUGUCAAACUAUAGAAUCAGUUAAGUUAGUUAAAAAAUGUUAUCUCUGGCUUUUUCAAGUGGUCUAGCAUCAGGUCGGAUAGAUUCAGAGAGAUGGCUUUGAGUUAUUUUAGUAGAUUGAGAUUAACUAUAAUGAUGACGUAUGUGGGCAUUAGUGCGUUGAGCUUAGAAACGGCAACGUAUAGAGUAUGUGAGGUUUUGUUUAUUUCGUCCCACAUCGUCAAAUAAUAGGAAACUUUUACUGUUUAUAUAUCAGAGAGAUGGAAGUGAAGGUCACGACCUUACUUGAACAGGAUCUGUUCUAUAGGCUCGUACCUCUGUAUCCUUGAUUUCUAAGGAGACAGGCCCCUAAACCUGGUUGAUGAAUCAUGGCCGUGCGAUCUGAGUGUGAUUAACGGCUACGAUUCUCUCCUAUGAGUCUCUGCGCUGUAGAGGAUCGCUAUCCGGUUUGGCCUUGCCCUCUCCGGGGUGGUUGCACGGUUGUCUGACAGGCCCUUCUUUUUU